AUGGAAAUCAAUUUGAACUACAAGGAUCACUGUCUCAUCAUCGUGGGUGCUGGCGGCGAAGCCGAAGAGCUCUUAGCCCGUAGGCGCUGGGCUGCGGGAGGGCGCUUGGCGCACUUUACGGUGAGCGAAGGCCAGGUCAAGUUCGCGGGAGCUGCGGAGGAGGUGAUUUUUGCAUGGCAGCCGUUGACGUCGAUGGCGAAGCCCUCCAUGCUGGGCGCGAAGCUGGGACCCUCUUUUAAGACCUAUUGGACCAAAUCAGGUCCGGAUUGCAUCGCGCUGGAGCCGGGGCAAACGCUCGAGAUCUUCACCAAGGAUGAGCAGAUGAGGCUGGUGCGUUUGGUCACAGCAGAGGGCCAAGUGCUGCUGGAGAUGUCCGGCGAGGUCGUUGUGGAGCCCGAUGAGCACACCGCCCAGAGCUUUCAGGUCGACGUCGAGGACCCUGAGCUCCAAGCCUUUGGCACCUACUCGAGAUGGGGAGUCAUUUGUGGUUUCUUGAUUCUACUUCUUUGGCACGUGCUUCGCUGGGUGGUCUCCAUCAAGCUGGAGCAGAGUGCACAGCAUGGCCAGUAUGUGUGGUGGCGAGGGACGCUGGUGCUGCUGAAUGGGCUCUUGUUCUGCGCUCUUGGGCUGUGGCAGAGUUGGGCGCUCAGCCUUUCGGGCGAGGCAGACCUCGAGCUGCACCAGAAGCUGCUGGCCACCGUGCUGGUGAUCCUUUGGGUCAUGGCUUUAGCAUCCACGCAGUUGGCGGACUACCCCCUCUCAGCGCUCGCAGUGCCUGCCUUGCUUUCGGGGCCGUUCUUGCAAUAUUACCAGACGCAGAAGAAAUAUCCGGAGCGUCGAUUUCUUCCUUGUGUGAGUUGGAUUGCAGUGCACCUCUUGGGCACCGCGGGCAUCUCUGGUGUCCUCAUUGCCAUCCUGGUGGGAUACCGAGCCUUGCUGGCGGCGUCUCGACCGGUUUCGGCCUCCUUCUUUUUGCCGGUCUCCACCUCCUUGGUGGAAAGCUUCAUGGUGACCUAUACCAGGCAGACGUGCGAGACCCUGGUCGUGCGGCGGCGGCCACUGGUUCCGGGCGAUGUCGCUCGGAGCGCGUAG